AUGGGUUUGGAGGAAGAAGAUUCAAUUGAACAAGCAGCAGCGGCGCGUCGUGAGAGGCUUAAGGCUCUUAAAGCUGCUCAAGAAUUGCUAGAUACUCCAGAUGCUGAUGAUUCUGCUAAGACUGCCGACGAUGAAGACGAUGAAGCUGCCCAAGAAUCUAAUCCCAGCAUGAAGUUUCGAAAUUAUGUUCCUCAAGCCAAGGAGCUUCAGGAGGGUAAGCUUGCUCCACCAGUCCUACCAAAGUUUGAAGAUCCUGUUGCAGCAGUACCUCCACCGUUAGAGAAGAAAGAGGAUCCUUUUCUGAACAUUGCUCCAAAGAAGCCAAAUUGGGACUUGCGAAGAGAUGUGCAGAAGAAGCUUGAUAAACUUGAAAGACGUACACAGAAGGCAUUAUAUAAACUAAUGGAGGAACAAGAGAAAGAAAAGCAACUGGCUGAAAAUGGCGACAAUGGUAUCGAAGAUUGA